AGACCCCACCGACGCCGCCUCUUGCUCCUUCUGCCCAUGCUCCUGCCUCAUCGCCGAGGGCCGUCCGGGAGAACAGUCCACGGUCUUCUUCUUGUAUUGGACACUUCCCAGUUAUCACCCAUUCUUAUUCAGCGAGCGGGUUAGCAGGUUUUAGCCGCUUCAGCAUCUGGUCCGUUAACGCUCCCCGUUGCCUUUGCAUAGCUAGAGGUUGAAACCGCUAGCGUAUUUUUUUUCUUUAUGCGAGGUCCGUUUAAAUUACGUUGCUCGUUUGGCAUUUCCACCCAGAGAGAGUGGGGGAAAACACGUUUAGGUGCAGACAACGCGACUACAUGCCACGAACGAAGAGAACCGCUAGAUGUCUGAAAUAAGCAGCAGCAGCAGCGGCAGCGGCGGCGGCGGCGGCGGCGAGCCAUGCUGAAAAGGACCGGUGGUUGAAAAGAACGCAGAUAUGGGAUUUCACCCAGAAAUACAACUGGCACAGCAAGGUUUUCCACGAAACAGGAAGCCAGACUUCAGCCUCUGCACAUCACUCCAUCCAGCACUUUUGCCUUUCCUUGGCGCAGCCUCGUCCCUGGAUCAACCGUCAUCAUAAAAAUCGUUCCAUUGGAAGAACAUCGGACAAUCUGCUUUGAUUCCUUCUCCCAAAGUUAUUUUUGACUUUAUCAUUGUGUUUCUUUUUCAUCUCUACGGGCACAGAAAGGAGCAGUGAAAGGACUUCUUGAUUGGCUGUUGGACUAUGUUGUGAUUUCUAAAUACUACUGAGAUCAGUCAGACUUGGCAGAACCCCCUCAAGUACAGAACUUACAUUCAGAAGGCGAUGGUGGCGAAUGCUGGACCCUCAUUGGAACAGCUACAUGAAAUGUGUGAAAUGUUUUUCAUCUCAGAUUUUAAACUUCUUAUUCCGACUUUUUAAAACUUUGUGUAAGGGGUGGAGAGUGCAGAGGAAGGACAUCAGAGGAGUGCUUUAAACUCCUCUGAGAGCCUCAGUGAAACAGGCAGAUACAGACAAUGGACUAAAAGGGGUGAAAAAGGAAAGGAGAGACCUUGAAACGGAGAGCGACGAGUGUAGUGAACCUCGAGAGAAAAGCAAAAAGAGAAAAGAACGAAAAAAAGAGAGAGAAUACUGAGAAAUUGGCAGAUAACAGAGGAACCGAGCAGCGAAGGAGAAAAGAGGGGUAUUUUUUAGGUCUAGGAUGGCUAGAGACGUGAUGAAACACCCUUCAGGCCAGACCUCCUCCCUUCUACUGCUCCUCCUCCCUCUCCUCCUCCCAUCUUCCCUCCCUCUCUCCGCUGCUCUCAGCUAGUCUGCCGGUAUUCUUAGGCUGAGCAGCUUCAGUGCAACAAGAGAAGUAGAAAAAGAGAGAAAGCAGACCGCUGGAGCCGAGCUCAUCAUUCACGCAGAUGGCAGAGAAAAGGAGAAAGACCUGCUGCAUCCAUCCACACCGUACACUGGAUUUCACUGAAGAUGGACAUUGCAGUUAGCCCCCCCCUCAUAAAAAAGGGAAGGAAAAGAAAGAGGUGGCUUUAAAGACAGUGGAAGCCAGAGAAGGGAAAGUUAGAAAGGAAAGAGGGAGGGAAUGAACAAAGCAUAGAAAGGUGGAAAAAGCUGAGACUGGGAUCGAAGCUGAAGGAGAGAUCACCUCUCGUGGAAAGCAAAGCGAGCAGUUAGGCUACAGCUGUGUGUAAUUCAGCUGGGACUCCUGUGUGUGUGUGUGUGUGUGUGUGUGUGUGUGUCUGUGUGUGUGACAAGCACAUAGCUGUGAAAAGAGAGGGAGAGAAUCCAGCGGGAGACAGAGAGAACGCGUAGGUGCAUUGCUUAGCGAACAGCUUGACUGUAAGACAAAUUGACUCUGACACAUUGUCCUCCGUCAGAGAGUGUGUGUGUGUGUGUGUGUCUGUGUUUACUAGUCUGAUAUAGUGGGAGAUCUUGUUGUCCAAAGUGUUAGUCAACGGGUCGUUCCAGUCCCGUUCACAAGGCCUUGGUGGUGGUUUGCUUGGAGGCGGCAGUGCAGAAGGUGGUGGUGGGCUCGGGACAGUGGCAGGUCUAGGGGUGGGGGCAUGGCCAUGGGGGGGCCGCAUCCCAUCCUCCACCCUGCACCGUGACAGGCGCUGGGGCUGGGGGUCCUGGGGCGGGGGUCCAUCUAGGGGGCCUUCCAGACUCUCAGAGCUCCGGCCCUGGCUGAGCGGAGGGACGGCCGGGAUGGCAGGAGGUGGAGGUAGCACCGGGGGAGGAGCUGGGAUGGAGAAAGUAGGCAGGGCGAGGUGUUCCCGCAGGGUCUUGGUUCUCCUCGGCUCGCUGGCUCUCGUCUUUCUCACCUCGCUUUUCUUCACCUUCUCGCUCCGUUGGGGCGUCGGCUUCAACUACCUGGAGCCGCCCGGGUGGGAGGAGUCGAGGAGGGUGAAGCUAGUGCCCAGCUACGUGGGCGCCCACAGGCUGUCGCCACCUGACACCUCGCAGCAGAAGACGUGUGUCUGCUUACGCUGUGUCGGAGACCCGGGCGUUUCUGAUUGGUUCGACGAGAACUACGAGCCGGAUAUCUCACCUGUUUGGACCAGAGACAACAUCUGGCUUUCCUCUGAUGUCUACUACUGGUGGGUGAUGUUACAGCCCCAGUUUAAACCUCACAGCAUUAAGCAGGUGCUGCAGAAGUUGUUCCAGGUGAUUCCCGGAAGGUCGCCGUACGGCUCAUGGGAUCCAGGACGCUGCCUGCGUUGCGCUGUGGUGGGGAACUCAGGAAACCUCCGCGGGGCCGGAUACGGGGCGACCAUUGACGAACACAGCUACAUCAUGAGGAUAAACCUGGCCCCCACUGUGGGCUACGAAGAAGACGUCGGCAGCCACACCACUCACCACUUCAUGUACCCGGAGAGCGCCAAGAACCUGGCGGCCAACGUCAGCUUUGUCCUGGUUCCUUUCAAAACGCUGGAUCUUGUCUGGAUCACUAGUGCUCUGUCUUCUGGCCUGAUUCGAUUUACCUACGCUCCAGUGAAGCAGUUCCUCCGUGUAGAUAAGGACAAGGUCCAGAUCUUCAACCCAGCAUUCUUUAAAUACAUCCACGACCGCUGGACCAGACACCAUGGGCGCUACCCCUCCACUGGCAUGCUCGCACUGUUCUUUGCCCUGCAUGUCUGUGACGAGGUGAAUGUGUUUGGUUUCGGGGCAGACAGCAGGGGAAACUGGCACCACUACUGGGAGGAGAACCGCUACUCCGGGGAGUUCAGGAAGACCGGCGUCCACGACGCCGACUACGAAGCCCAGAUCAUCCAGCUGCUGGCGAAGGCUGGCAAGAUCACUGUAUUCCCAGGGAAAUAAGCAGCAAAUCACCCUGUGUAUCUACUGGUCCAACACUGGUACAGCUACAGACUCUAGAGAAGCUGCUUUAACGUGUGUUAGAUAUUCUUGCUUUCGCUUCCCUGCUCCAGUUUGGGUUCCCACCUUGAAGUAAACCAAAUGAUUGCAGUACAGAAGGAAAGACAAAACGGUCACAUACCAAACAAUGUUAUUCCAUUUCCUUUUCCUCAUAUUGAGAAGUCAGCCACCAAUUGAGGUUCUCAUCGGAGAACAUUGGAACA